AUGUAUGCAAGAAGUAUACUCUUGAUUGCUUCAGUUCUACAAGAUGUCUUAGCCUCUUUCUUACGGGUGGAAUCCGGCCAUCAGCGGAUAUUGAUUGAUGGACGUGAUCCUUAUGUUGGCUUUUUCACGCAAAUUGAGUUCAGUGAACUUACCUGUGUAAGUGCGGUAGCUAUACAUUGUCUCAAACCAUUGACCGGUGCUGAAGAAAUUGAUAUUUUAUAUUCCGAAUGUGAACGCGACCAUUGGAAAGUCGCACAUUACACCAAUACAAAAGAAGUCUACACAUUAGGAAAGGAAGUAUUAGCAAGACGGUUAUCAAUAGCUAGCCCACUUGAGCUUUCCAUUAUUGAUGUUCAAGUGGAGUCGUGUGGCAGUAGUAACUCAACGAUCGCAGAGUAAGU